GCGCGGUAUAAACACGUGUCUGUGAGAAAGUUACUGUAGAGACACGCUGUUUUAUUUAAUGUUUUAUACCCUGUAGUGUGUAUGAUUUGUUUCACGAUUUAAAUGUUUGAUCUAAAAGGAUGAGAAAUGUAACCACAGAUUUUUCACUCAUCCAAUAAGAUAUCGAUGUAGAAGUAAGUUUACACUCACUGGAGGAUCUUUCUAAAUUAAAUACAGUUUUAUUUACAGUUUCAUCUCCAAAGAUGUCCAGCCUCGCUGCUAAAUAUGACUACCUGCAGAAAUUCACCCGAAAAAGCUGCCAUUCUGAGGAUCAGAAGCCCAAGAAGAGAGGCUAUGUUCCAUUUCGAGGCAAAGGUGUCGGUGAAGGUGGUCCACUUAAGAAGAAGCAAAAGAACAACCAGGACCCUAGAAAAGGACGUAAUAUGAACACAAAUUACAGGAAGCCAACUCCAAAGAGUAUUCAUACAGCUGUACAGAAUGCUUCUCAGGUCAAAGUUCAUCAUGGGCAGCAAGUAAAGAUGCGGCAGAAGACUGAAGGUACAAAGUCAGAGGAGUAUAAUGCAGUGGAUAUUUUAAGGAAAAGACUUCAUGAGAAGAUUGAGGCGUCUCGGGGACAGGGCACUCCAAAAGAUCCCUCCUCAGAGGAAGUGCAGAAACGGCGAGCAAAACGAAAACAGGAGAGGGAGCGCAAGAAGAGGAAAAGAAAAGAAUUCCGGAUGAAGAAGUUAGCGGACAGUAUUUCAGCAGAGGUCAAAGUAGAAAACGAAACAGAACCAGCACCCGUGCCUCAGAGUGAUUCUACAGCAAGCAAACCUGCCAAAAAGGACACAAACUCCAUCGUCUUCAACAAGGUAGAAGUAGGGGAGGAGUACGUGGACAAAGGGACCAAGUUAACGGAGAAGAAGAAAAGGAAGGCAAAAGGAACUCUCACUCCCCUCACAGGCAGGAACUACAAACAGCUUUUGUCCCGAGUGGAGGCUAGGAAGGCUCGUCUUGAGGAGCUGAGAGAGAAGGACGAAAAGAAAGCCAAGAAGGAAGAAGAGAAAAUGCGGUGGACUAACGUCCUCUACAAGGCCGAGGGCAUGAAGAUCAAAGACAACGAGGACCUUCUGCGUGCUUCCUUGAAGAGGAAGGAGAAAAUGAAGACACGGAGGAAGAAGAAAUGGGCUGAAAGGAGUCAGCACGUGCUGGAGAAGAUGCAGCAGAGGCAAGAUAAAAGACGCAGAAACAUACAGAAAUUCAAGCAGAACAAGAUGGAGAAGCGUAAACAGAGAGUCAGGAAGAAAGGCAGGGUGCUGCCUGAGGAUCUAAAGAAGGCUGCUGUGUAGAGAGAGGAAAUGAGAUGAACUUUAGGUAGGUUUAGGUGAAAUGUAAGAAAAAGACAAAGUCCAAACUUGGUUUCCAAUUCUGUGAAGUUUUAAUUCAGUGUAAAUAUAUUAGAUACAUUAAGCCAGAUACUUUUAUUUGUAAUAUUGGUGUUGAUACCUCACUGAAUAACUUGAUCAUUGUCUGUUAAGUAGGGAAAAUACAAAAAUAUGCAAAUAUAUGCAUUUUUUUUUUUAAACAAUGAUCGGACUGAUUGUAUGAAUAUGUCUUACUGCCUAUCUUGAUGCUGUCAUGGAAUUUUCUGUCGAGAAAGAGUUGGUGUGUCAGCCUUCUUUGUAUCUUUGUAGUUCAAUAAAUACAGUUUUGGUGGUUA